GUCUUACCUCCAUCUGAUAUUUCUCUCUUCACGCAUCCGUGUCUUCAUCCUUGAUCCUCCACACUCUCUUUCCCUUUCCAAUGGUCAGUGCGAGCUGCAGGUAGGCGUCGCCUCGGCGAGAAGGCGCAGGCGGCGGUGUGUACGGCGUCCUCCCCUUCCCGAUUCCGCCCGUAGCCUCCUCCUCCGUGGCCAGUGUGGCCUGGCGCCGGCGUGCGCACAGCCGGCGAGGAGGUUUGGUGGGGGAUCGAUCGACGCGGCCAACCUCCUUCCAUCUGCCUCCGUUUCGGUUCGAAUCGAAAAAAAAUUUAGGGGUUCAGUUGAACCCCGGCAAUCCACGUUAGGUUGUGGAAGAAGCAGCCAUGGAUCCCUCAGGGCUCAACCUGCAGGGGAAUCCUGCUGAGAACCAGGAGAGCUGGACCUCCGGCGUGUCAGUUGGGAGGGGCACCCCAAAUUUGGGUGUUGGGACGGCCGUGGCAGGCCGGAGCUGCCCGCCAUUGACAUUGUUCCCGGGAUCCUCCCUGUCGUCGACGGCGUUGCUGAACGCCAUGCACGAGGGCUCCUUUCCACAGGCAGCCCUGGUGGCGGGUUCCGGGAGCAGCGCCGAUGAGCAGCAUGGUGGGCCCCCCGUACGGCCAUCCUACAACCUUCCUGCAGGAUGCACGCAGGUGCCGAUAAGUAUCCUGGUGUUCCACAGGAGGCUGACGGGGAGGGGAUCCAGGCGUCGGAGCUUUAUGCCGGCUCCUGCACUGUCCGGUGUUUCAGAGGCAGAUGGAGCUUCUGGGCCGAUUCCUCAAAGUGAUUUCUUGUCGCUUGGAGGUCCAUCUGAAGUUUUUGCAGGUGAUUUGGCAAUGAAUCAUUCAGAACCGGCCAUUUCAUAUGGGUACAAUUCAGAGCAUGCACCUAUGCUUCUUCAGCCAAAUGGUUUAUACACUGAAGCUUCCAACACUGAAAGUGAAAGAGAAGCUAGCCAACUGCAACAAUCAGCGGAAGCUGUUAUCUGUGACAGCCACAGUAAGUUGGAAUCGGUUAUGGAGAAAAUUCAGGGUCAAAAUCCUCAAGAAUCAAUUGGCUUGGUUGCAGAGGGUUCCACUGAUGAUAACAUUCACAAGUACCAUCAGAAAGCUAAAAGGGCCAGGACACAAAUCACUCACAGUGACAAAAUGGACUUACCAACACAAGCUGUAUCUGCAUGCAAGGAAAAAACACUAACUCAGAUAGAGAUGCAGAUUGCAGAUGCUGAGAGAACUGAAGCAUUCAAGAGUGAGGAUGCCCCAGCACAAAAGCUGAAGACUCGAAGGAGAAAGCACAGGCCCAAGGUAAUCCGUGAGGACAGGCCAGCCAAAAAGCAAAUGUCCACGACAUCAAAAGAAAAACCUCUCAAUCAGAAACCCAAAAGAAAAUAUGUGUGGAAGAAUAGAAACCCCAGUUCUUUGGAGAAGUGCGCAGAGCCUUUUAGUGACCAUUCAAUUUCUAGAGAAUCCAGAACUACUGUUAGAAGCAGCAUUGCAUCAGUUCGAAGAAGGCUGCAAUUUGAGUUCGGGGAGCAUGGGGUGCAGAGGGACCAAUCAUCAAGGACCAAUUCAUGGUACCGAAACCAGGAGAAACCUGUAAAUGCUGAGAGUUCUUUGUGCUCAGUGACUAAAUCAUCCGUGCAGGUUGAACAUGGGCAGGAAUUACACAUGGAAAAUUCACCAGAAGGGUUGUUUUUUGGCAUCAACUCCAAACUGAACAAAAUUUUAGAUGAGUACAUACAUUUGCCAGAGGCCGCACCAAAACCUUCAGAGGAAAUCCCACUGGCUACUUCUGGUCAUGUUAGCGAGGAACUAGCAAGGAAACAAGAUGAUGUGAGACACAUUCAUGAUCACAACGAAAGGAGUGGUCUGAUCACAACGAAACAGAACAAAAAGGACUUAGACCUGAACUAUUCUAACACAAAUGGUUUUCAGAUGUAUUGCUCGGCUAGUUUGUUACCAGAAAUGGACUCCACAAAGGGCCGUAUGACUAAGGUAUCAAAAAUGGACAAGAACCAAAAACGACAUUAUGGAGGUGAGUCCUCCCUAGCUGGCACACAGAGCUCCAUUAUCAUGAGAACUGCAGCUGAGAUGCUAGCAGUUUACCAAGCUUGUGGUAUUAAAAAGAAGCGAUCGGCCCGAGUCCGCAGGAAUUCCUUUCUUUCUGUUAUGGAUCUUGAGAAGAAUACUUCACAAGAAUCAACAAGAUUGCCGCGGUCAUGCAUGGAAGCCCUGUACGAGAGUUCCUACAUAAAAUUUAUGACCAAGAAACGUUCACAGAAGGCACGGCUCAACUCUCCCAAUUCCAUUCAACCAAAUAUAGAUCAGAAAAACAGGUUUUCAUCUGAAACCAUUUUUUCUGGUGGGUUCAAUGGAUUGAAAAGAUCAGAGGAAACUUUCCAGAAAACUUUACCUCAGAUUCCAGAUGAUAAGAGGAUCAACCUUGACAUUCAUUGCGAAGUACCAGUAGAAAACUCACCAAAUACAUCAACGCCACCAUAUAUGGAUUACCUUCAAGGAGUUACAUCAAAGUUUAGAUACUUUGAUUUGAACACUGAGCAGGUGCAUAAAACUGAGAUGCAUUUGUAUCAAACCAUGCCCUCUCUUUCUUCUUUAGGAGCAACAAAUUAUUUGCCGAAUGCUCUAGUCCCAUAUGUUGGUGGGGCGGUGGUUCCUUAUCAGACACAAUUUCAUUUAGUCAAGAAGCAACGCCCUCGAGCUAAGGUUGACUUGGAUUUUGAAACAACGAGAGUUUGGAACCUUCUGAUGGGUAAAGCAGCUGACCCUGUAGAUGGAACUGAUGUUGAUAAAGAGAGAUGGUGGAAACAAGAAAGAGAAGUUUUUCAAGGUCGUGCUAAUUCAUUCAUAGCACGUAUGCGCCUAGUUCAAGGUGACAGGCGCUUUUCUCCUUGGAAAGGAUCAGUAGUGGACUCUGUAGUAGGAGUUUUCCUCACGCAGAAUGUAGCGGAUCAUCUUUCCAGCUCUGCAUACAUGGCCCUUGCCGCAAGUUUUCCUCCAGGGUCAGAUGGCAAUUGUAAUGAUGGCAUUGCUGGUCAGGACAAUGAAGAAAUCAUUAGCACGAGUGCAGUAAGAGACAGAGGCACAUUUGAAUUCUUUUAUGAUGGGUCAAGACCAGAUAUAGGAUUAAAUUUUGAGGAGCUCUCAAUGGCCUGUGAGAAGAUCCACAUGGAACCAAAGGGCAAUGCUACUGUUAAUGAGUUAACUAAAGGCGAAAAUUAUUCUCUUCAUUGUAAAGAACCAGCUGGAAGUCUUUGUGACCACGAGACAAGAAUAGAUCAUAAAGCAAAAUCAAUUUCAGAUAUCUCCUUAGUAGAAUUAACAGCACGUAUGAAAAAUCUACAUGCGACACAGUUCCAGACGGAGAUAUCAUUAUCCCAAAGUGUUGUAACUUCAGAGUCAAUUCUUCAACCAGGAUUACCUUUGAGUUCUGGGAUGGAUCAUGCUCCUAGAAAUUUUGUUGGUGGCAUUAGUGACACAGCUUCUCAGCAGGUGGGAAGCAAUUUUGAUGAUGGAAAAUCAUUAACAGGAAAUGAUGUCACAGCCAAUGAAACUGAGUACCACGGAAUCAAAGCAGCAGCAACAAAUAAUUAUGUUGUAGAUGAACCUCGGAUUCCUUCUGGUUCCAACAUGUAUCCAUUUUUCUCAGCUACUGAUUGUCAUCAACUAGAUGAGAGGAACGACAUACAUGUUUCUUCUACCUCUCCUAAUAGUUCUAUAGGUUCUGCAUCAUCAAACUUUAAAAUUGGCACAAUUGAGGAGAACAGUUCUUUUUUCAUGCCAUUUGAUGCUCAUCUAGCGCAGAUGAAUGGAAAUAUGAUUGCUGGCACAAAUGUUAGCUCGGCACUGGCAAGCACAGAGCUUCCAGUCAAAUUAUUACAUUGUUGCAAAAGGAGUUGUUAUGAAGCAUCAGAGUUUCAGGACCAUGAAUCACUAUAUGCCACUGGUGGAGCGAUACCCGAAACAGCCACCAAAGCUGAUGAUUCAACCUUAAAAUCUGGUUUUGCUUCCUUCAAUGGAUUGCCAGAUACAGCAGCACAGGCAUCAAAACCAAAGAAACCAAGAACCACAAGUAAAAAGAACAGUGAGAAUUUUGACUGGGAUAAAUUGCGAAGACAGGCUUGUGGUAAUUAUCAGAUGAAAGAAAGAAUUUUUGACCGAAGAGAUUCUGUUGAUUGGGAAGCAGUAAGGUGUGCAGAUGUACAAAGAAUUUCUCAUGCCAUUCGAGAACGAGGAAUGAAUAAUGUCUUAGCAGAGCGUAUCCAGAAAUUCCUGAAUCGUUUGGUCACCGAUCAUGGGAGCAUUGAUCUUGAGUGGUUAAGAGAUGUUCCCCCAGACUCAGCAAAGGAUUAUCUGCUUAGUAUACGCGGAUUGGGGCUCAAAAGUGUUGAGUGCGUCCGCCUUUUGACAUUACAUCAUCUUGCAUUCCCAGUUGAUACUAAUGUUGGUCGUAUAUGUGUACGAUUGGGAUGGGUGCCAAUUCAACCCCUCCCUGAAUCUCUUCAGUUACACCUUCUGGAGCUAUACCCUGUCUUGGAGACUAUACAAAAGUACCUCUGGCCUCGUCUGUGUAAACUUGAUCAACAAACACUGUAUGAGUUACAUUAUCAGAUGAUUACUUUUGGAAAGGUGUUCUGUACCAAAAGCAAGCCGAAUUGCAAUGCAUGUCCAAUGAGGAGUGAAUGCAAGCAUUUUGCAAGUGCCUUUGCAAGUGCAAGACUUGCACUUCCUUCUCCUCAGGACAAAAGGUUGGUGAAUAUGAGCAAUCAAUUUGAUUUCCAGAAUGGUACAAUGCCCACACCACAUUCAACUCCUCUGCUUCAGCUCGAGGGGAGUAUCCAUGCAAGGGAUGUUCAUGCUAACAACACAAAUCCAAUAAUUGAGGAGCCAGCAAGUCCAAGAGAGGAAGAAUGCCGAGAACUUUUAGAGAAUGAUAUUGAAGAUUUUGAUGAAGAUACUGAUGAAAUCCCAACAAUAAAACUUAACAUGGAAGCUUUUGCUCAAAACUUGGAAAAUUGCAUAAAAGAAAGCAAUAAGGAUUUCCAAUCUGAUGAUAUUACAAAAGCAUUGGUUGCUAUCAGCAAUGAAGCAGCUUCAAUUCCUGUACCUAAACUAAAGAAUGUGCAUAGACUUCGGACAGAACACUAUGUUUAUGAACUUCCAGAUUCACAUCCCCUCAUGCAACAGCUAGCACUCGACCAACGGGAGCCUGAUGAUCCAAGUCCUUACCUGUUGGCCAUAUGGACACCAGAUGAACUAAAGGACACAAGGGAGGCACCAAAACCGUGCUGCAAUCCUCAAACUGAAGGUGGCUUAUGCAGCAAUGAGAUGUGCCACAACUGUGUAUCUGAACGAGAAAACCAAUAUAGAUACGUCAGAGGCACGGUUCUGGUUCCUUGCCGAACAGCCAUGAGAGGUAGUUUUCCACUUAAUGGCACUUACUUUCAAGUUAAUGAGGUUUUUGCUGAUCACAGUUCUAGCCACAAUCCCAUAAAUAUCCCAAGGGAGCAGUUAUGGAACUUGCAUAGGCGUAUGGUUUACUUUGGGACUUCAGUGCCAACCAUAUUCAAAGGUCUAACAACAGAAGAAAUACAGCACUGCUUCUGGAGAGGAUUUGUCUGUGUGAGAGGAUUCGACAUGGAAACUAGGGCACCAAGGCCUCUAUGCCCUCAUUUCCACCUUGCAGCGAGCAAACUGCGAAGAUCCUCUAAAACAGCAGCAACUGAGCAAACACACUGAUUUCAACAAGGACAUAUCAAAUUAUAUAAAAUAAUGUUGAUGGUGAUUACAUCAGCUCUCGAUCUGUGCAUGGGUCAUAUUAGUUCCUGCAGGACGAUAGCCAUUCUUCUAGGAAAUAAACAGUGGAGUUGGAAACAGUUAAUUUUAAGAUGUGGGAGCCAAUUGGGCACGAGAAAGCACCAAUAUUUCAUAUGCACCUCUGGGGCAGGUCGGAUGCGGAUCAUCAUCUAUCAGUUAACAUGGGCGUAGAAUAUCAUUCCGUUUUUUUUUUCUGUGGCUUUGGUGUAUCUUAUUCACUUUUCAUUUGCUUUAUCCAUUCAACUAGCUUGCCAAGAGACCUUGUCAAUGUAACGGUAUCUUCUUGUUGUGUAUACCAUCUGUUCUCAUGACAUGUUAGUUUUUCAGAACUUAUAGCAGGUAGUACCUUCAUAUUGAUGAUAUGACUUUGAUUUUCAUUAUUUGCUGCUUCCCUGUGUACAUAUUACAGACCGUCAUAUCAACAGGAUUUUCAGCAAUAAGUGGGUCUAGGGAGUGAUUUGAGAUCAA